CAAGCAAACCUUAUGACAUACUUAGGAAUGAGAAACUGGAUGUUUUCCCCUAAGAUCCCUCUAAGAACAAGGAUCAGAUUUUAUUAAGACCUCUACUGGAAAAGAAACAGUAAAUGCCACUUUCCCGGUAGCUAUAGUAAUGUUACGGGCCAUUAGAGAUUUCUUCUGGAAAACUGGAAACAAGAUAGGCUUUAAACCAGCAGGAGGCAUCCGCAGUGCGAAGGAUUCCCUUGCGUGGCUCUCUCUUGUAAAGGAGGAGCUGGGAGAUGAGUGGCUGAAGCCAGAGCUCUUUCGAAUAGGUGCCAGCACUCUGCUCUCAGACAUUGAGAGGCAGAUUUACCAUCAUGUGACUGGAAGAUAUGCAGCUUAUCAUGAUCUUCCAAUGUCUUAAAUCAGCAACCAGUUCCAGAAAAAUUCUUUACAACAGUAUUUAAAAUGAUUUUUUUACAUAAUUGGUAAAAUCAUUUAAUUAAAAAAAUAGGGGACUGGGUAGCUGACUUCUUUCCCUUAAAAUUUCCACUGAACUUAAAUAAUGAAAGAAUAAACUAAUCCACAUGUCGUACCCAUUUCAGACACAUCUGAAAUGGUCUUAAUUACUAGAAGAUCUGCACUAUUAAUUUUGUGAAGGUUUUCUCCUAAAAACUCUUGAGUAAAAUGUUAAUGAUAGCUUCGAUAACAUCAAAUAUUAAGGGGAAAAAAAAUGUUAAACUGGCCAAGAAGCAUACAAUAGCGAAAGGGAAUGCAGCGUACCUGAACGGCCUCGGUAAUAACUUAAGACAUCACUGAUUUGGCACUAAUUUCCCACCAUGAAAACCUAUCUUUAAUUUUUGCAGUGGAUAUGCUAUUUUAUUAAUUGCUUUGCUAAUAAACUUUCUGGCAUUGUUAUAUGAAACUAUGAACAUCAUUAAAUUUUUU